GUCGGUUCGCGUUUCAACUUAUGAGGAUCAUUCAGUUCUUCCGUACAAACCAAACUCAAUUCAAAAUUAAUCAAUCUCAAUUAUUAAUUUUCUUUCCACGCGAGUCUAAAUUUCCACUUAAGGAAGCGUGGUUCAUUGGAAAAUUAAUUAUUUAUCGAAAAAUAAAUUUAUAAAAUAAAUAAUAAAAAUUUGUAAAUUUUUAAAUUUAUCGAGUCAGUGAUCUAUUUAUUAUUUUCAUUUUAAAAAAAUUGUGAGAAUAAUUUCGAAUUUUUGAUUACAAAUUAUAUCGUUAGUGAUAAUUGUGUUGUGUGCAAAUUCAGCGUGAAGAAUUUCUCAAUUUGUAGUAAGCCUAUAAAUUUUUUUUGGUGGAAUAAUGAAGCCGAAAAAGAAUGAAGGCUUUAUAAUGAGUGAAAAAAAUGGGGUCAUGAGCGAUCCCGGCCCCGAGACACAUCUUAAACAACAGAAGCAAAUAAAAAGGGGAAAGACCUUCUGUCAGUCUUGCAAGAAGAAAUGCAGCGGGGAAGUGUUACGUGUACAAGAUAAAUACUUUCACAUCGCGUGCUUCAAAUGUGCGCAAUGCAAUUCGAGUCUCGCGCAGGGUGGAUUUUUUGCAAGAGAAGGUUCCUAUUAUUGCACCAAGGAUUAUCGCGAGAAAUGGGGUACGAAGUGUGCAGGCUGCGGGGAAUACGUUGAAGGCGAUGUAGUCACUGCAGGAGAAAAACAUUCGUUUCAUCCAAAUUGUUUUCACUGUCAGAGAUGCAGGAAGCCUCUUUUAGGACAAGGAACUAAAGUAACUUUAGUUCAAGGACAAGCUCUGUGUCAUCGAUGCGUUAGUAUUCCAAUACGUGAAGCAUCAACUCCAGUAGGUAAUUCGCAGGCUACAGGUAAUGGAUCUAAUGAUCCUGGGGCAUGCGCUGGUUGCAGGCAACAAUUACGAGAAGGUCAGGCCUUGGUUGCGCUUGACCGACAAUGGCACGUCUGGUGCUUCAAAUGUCACAGCUGCGAUACCGUUCUUCACGGGGAAUACAUGGGAAAAGAUGGGGUGCCUUAUUGUGAGAAAGACUAUCAAAAGCAAUUUGGCGUGAAGUGUGCCUAUUGCAAUCGUUAUAUUAGUGGAAAGGUACUUCAGGCUGGUGAGAAUCAUCAUUUUCAUCCAACAUGCGCGAGAUGUACGAAAUGCGGCGAUCCUUUCGGCGACGGAGAAGAAAUGUACCUUCAAGGUGCUGCAAUCUGGCAUCCACGCUGCGGUCCCGGUCCCACCGGUUCCAAUGGAAUUGUCAAUGGUCAUGGCGAACCUCACACACCACAGCACAGAGAAUCCGAGCGUAUUUCUAGCAGUGCUUCGGAAAUGCAGUUUUCAUUGAGGUCACGCACGCCAAGCCUGAAUGGAUCUCUGUGCAGCCCUUACAGCAGCCUCAGUCGCAAGUACUAUCCAGCGAGAACCGGAAGUCCUGGCUUGAUUCUACGAGAAUAUGGACGCGGUGGUCCCGAAGAUGUUUCUAGGAUUUAUACGUACUCGUACUUGACUGAAACUCCUAGUCAAGGAUAUUUGAGACGUCCAAUUCAACCGUAUGAUAAACCUCCCACGAGUCCUCAUUUUCACAGACCAAGCUCCUCGCGUUCGAUAAGAAGUAGCGGUGGACGUAGCAGUCGAUCGGGAAUGAGAGCUUUAGUUGAUGCACUUAGCGAUACGAGACCAAAAUCACCCGUGAGCCAAGUAGAUAACGAAGAACCAAUCGAAUUGGCGCAUUAUCCUGAUGCAAUGAAACCGUCGCCCGGCUCUCAACCGCCGAUCGAAAGAGAUGAUUUCCCGGCCCCACCUUAUCCUUACACUGAUCCUGAGAGACGAAAACGAUGGUCGGAUACAUAUAAGGGCGUACCUGAAUCUGACGAUGAAGACGAAGUAGAUCAUAAAAGUUACAUAAAGGAAGUGGAGCAAAAAUUGAAAAAGGAGCAUGACGAGUUGAGCAAAAUUGACACGGGAAUUGCUAAGGUCUUUUUACAAGAUCGAGAGAAAGAUCGGGAGAAUCUUAGACAUAAGGCGGCUAAUGUUGAUCCUAGAAAUGCCUCGAGAACGCCAUCAGCUGCUCGCGAACCGACCUAUCGAUUGCGAUACGAGAGUCCUGUUGGUGCCUCACCAUCAAGAAAUAUAGAUCACGCUAGACCCUGGGAAGAAGAAGAUGGACUUAGUUAUAAAUCAAGUGGGCCAAGUUACAAUGCUGGGAGAUCAUCGACUCGUUCCCCGGCUCCCAGAAACUAUCCAACUAUUGGUUCACAGCGCGCCUUCACUCUUCCGAAUACUACUAGAGAUUAUAAUUCGGUGAUUGUGAGCUCUCUUCGGCACAUCCCAAAACCGGGAUAUGGUCUGGCACCGCGAAGUCACACCUUCUCUUCGACUGGCGGUUCAGUUUCUGCUCUCCCUGGCGAUUAUUCGUUCAGCGGGAUGGGAGACAAGACGCACAGCACUGACUUCUCUUCUGGCAAGUCUGAUAUAUCAACAGGCAGCAUCACGGAUGUGGACCGGCGGGCACUGAAUGACGGUGGAAUCCUGCCAUCGUCAACCACCUAUACAGGCGGACUGGGAUCGGUAGUAGUAGGUCACAGUGGUCAUCAUGUGAGACGUUCUCUACCGGAUAUGGGUGCAGCACCGACCGAACCUCCAAAACUUUAUCCUUAUCACCUGCUCACAAUCACAAAUUAUCGAUUGCCCGCUGACGUCGAUCGCUGCAAUCUUGAGCGGCAUUUAUCCGACGCUGAAUUCGAAGCUAUUUUACAAUGCUGUCGUGCUGAAUUCUACAGACUGCCACAAUGGCGUCGCAACGAAAUCAAAAGGCGUGCACGUUUAUUCUAACUGCUUUUCUCGCAGUUGUUGUUCUCGUUUCAAUUACCAAAAGCGCCGUAUCACGUAUCGGUACAGGGUAAACAUUCCUUCAGAAGCAGUUAUCAUUGUUUAUCACUUUUAAAAACAUUGUUCGUCGAUUCACACUUGUCACGAUAAAUAAUUUUUCAUCACUGCGCAUUUGUUGCUAAAAUGGAAGAAUGAAAAAAAGGAAAUUAAAAAAAAAAAGAAUAGAAGGAAACCCCACUCCGAAUAAUACUGCCGUUUAAUAUUUAAAAAAACAGUCGAGUCAAAAGCGUUUGUCAAUUUUAAUUGUUUUACCCUUUUUAUAUAAAUAUUUAUAAAAAAAAAUUGAAUACUAAUGCUGACUAAAUUUUCAGCAAAGCAUGUAGAAUUUUUCUAAAAAAAAACAAUAGGGAAACUUUGUCUCCUUUUUGAGCAAAAAAAAAAAGGAAUUAGCUUUUUCAAAAUUUCCUAAACAAGCACAAGUAUCAAAGUGAUGUUUAGAUAUUAAAAUUUGAGAACUAUAUUUAUAUUAGAAAUAAGAUUCUAAUUGCCUAAAAAAUUUCAUUUUAGAAUAUUGUCAAGAAUCAAAAAAAAAAAAAAAAAGAAAGGUAAAUAAAAUUACCUUAAAAUUUGGACAACGCAUGUUUAUUAUUGAUUACUUUGAAAAAAUGAAAAUAGAGUGAAAGAAACGCUCAUUUAGAAACUAAAUCUCAUCAUUCACAUUGAGCUCGAGUUUUUCAUUUUUAUGACUCGUUUUCUAUAACUCAGCUGAUGAUGAUGUUUUUGACAAUGGCAGAAAAGGGGACGUGCUUGUUGCAAUAUAUUAUUGUAAAUAAGAACAAAAGUAUCAAAAUAAAAACAAACAAACAAAAAAAAGAAUAAAAUUAUUAAAUAGAAGUUAGGUGGACAAAAAAAAAUAUCUAUCAAUUUAAUGAGCGAAAAUUCAACACUUAAACAUGCUUAGUUCAGUCACGAAUAUUCAUACUCUAUGAGAUGUUUAUAACUUCGUUAAACAAAUUUACAACAGUAAAUUGUAUUUGAAAAAAAACUACUACGAUUUAAACAUUUUAAUAAAACUAUUAUUGUAUUAUUAUAUUUUACUAUAAGCGAAAAAAUAGCAUGUAAAAUUUAAGUAGCUAGGAGCCGUGUAGCUUUCUGAAUGAGAAUAGUUUAUAAAUAAUUAUUAAUAUCUGUAUGAAAUUCAUUAUAUUAUAAUUAUCAGCGCGCAGUUUACAUCUUUUAAGAAGAAAUUAAUUGUGCCCUUGUUUCUUUGAAAUGAGCGAUUUUUAAUUAGAAGAAUAACUCAAUAAUUUUUUUAGAUGCAUGAAAAAUGGUAAAUUGAUUUUUAAAAUGGAAAAAAAUUAGUGUGUGGAGAGAAAGAGAGGAAAAAUAAAUAAUUCGUAUGGAAUCGAUUUUUGAGGUGAGAGGAGAUAACGAAAUCAAUUUUUUUUUGCGUGGCAGCUUGAUUUGAUCUUUUUUUUUGAACGAAACUUUCCAACACUAUUUCAUUGUCUUUUUUUAAUGCCCCACCGUGCCUACGCGUAAAUGUCUCCGGGCAUUUAGAUAAUUUUUUCAUUUUUUGAAAUUGUUUUCACGCAAUUUUCCGUAGUAAGACCUUGAUGAGAAAAAUAGUGAAUUGAAUGUUUGAAAAAAAUACUUCCGCUUUCCUGCAUAAAAAAAACAGCUAAAGCAUGCAUUGUGUUUUUGGGAGGUGAAUUUCUGUGGUAGAUAAAUAAUAAUCAAAGUAUAAUUAUAUUUACCUGUAACAUAAAACAAGCUUUGAAAAUCUGUAACUAUCACAGAUAUUGUAAAAGAAAACUAAAUAACGAUACACGGUGCAAAGUUUUAGCUUUUUUCUCCCAAAAUUUAAGAUUUUUACCUGUGUAUUUUUUCUGUUGUAUAAAGCACAUCGCUUCCGCUAGUCCCUAUAAAAAGAAAUAAAUGCAAACUACUGAGUAGUAAA